AUGGAUAGCAGUUUCUCGUCUAAGAGGGGAUACCCAGAUCAAAACACUACAACGUCAAAGCGUGUCAAUACAUCGCAAGUGGCAUUAGCCAGACUAGUGAAUCUUAUACCUGGUAAGGACAAGAAUUUUGAAUUGGUCGAGAAACCAGUAAUUACUGUGGGAAGAAGCAGACAAUGCGACAUAAUGCUAAAUGAAUCCGACAUAUCGACCGUACAUUGCGAAUUUUAUCUCAUCCAGAUGGAUGUCGAUGGUGUAAAGCGGACACUUCUGAAUAUUGUGGAUAAGAGUAGAAAUGGGACCUUUAUCAACGGUAGUAGGCUUGUUAAGAAGGAUAAAAUCUUAAAAAAUGGUGACAGAUUAGUUCUUGGGAAAAGCUGCUCAUUUCUAUUCAAAUAUAUCUUUGAGGAUGAUGAAAGAAACGUUAGCAUUGAACAGCCGAAAAGUGAUAGCGUAUUUGAGAAACCCAAAGUAGGCUUUUCAAAUAGCCAGAGCACUCUCCGCAGAUUAACAAGACCAAGACCACAGUCGGUUUUUGACAACUAUGUCGUUGGGAAAGAACUUGGUGUGGGCCAUUACGCCACAGUGAAGGAAGGUAUUAAUAAGAAAACAGAACAAAUCGUUGCAAUUAAGAUAUUCCACCCUCAAUUGAAUGAUGAUCAGAAGAAGAACAAGCAGUUUAAAGAGGAAACUGACAUACUAAUGCGUGUUAAGCAUUCUAAUAUUGUGAAGCUUCUGGAUAGUUACGUGGAGACGGUUAGCAAGUCACAGAUCCAAAAAUAUUUGGUUCUUGAAAAGAUAGACGAUGGUGAAUUGUUCGAUCGGAUACUCAGGAAAACAAGCCUGAGACAAGAUGAGACUAAAGCGCUUUUCAAGCAAAUACUGACUGGAUUGCAAUAUUUGCACGGCAUGAAUAUUAUUCACAGGGACAUCAAGCCCGAAAAUAUCUUACUUAACAUAACGAAACGAUCGGAUCCGAAAGAGUUACAGAAAGGUCCCUGGGACGCGGAUGAGAUUGAUAUUCAGGUUAAAAUAGCAGAUUUUGGGUUGGCUAAAUUUACUGGAGAAAUGCAAUUUACCAACACGCUUUGUGGGACACCAUCAUAUGUGGCACCUGAGGUUCUUCGGAAAACAGACUAUAGUUCGAAGGUUGAUAUGUGGAGUGCAGGCGUCUUACUUUAUGUCUGCCUUUGUGGUUUUCCUCCAUUCAGCGAUACAUUGGGGCCUCCGUCGCUCAAGGAACAAAUCGCACAGGGCAUCUUUGCAUUUUACUCGCCGUAUUGGGAUGAAAUUGAUGAUUCGGUUCUGCAUCUGAUAUCCCACUUGUUAGUUGUCAAUCCAACUAACAGAUACAGCGUUGAAGAUACGAUCAGGCAUCCUUGGUUUGAUUCAGACGUCCUGAAUAAAGCGUCAUCGCAUGACAUCAAACGACAAGAGGUUUCGCCUUCAAAAAGUCUGAAGACAUAUUCUGAACUAUCUCAAAUUGAAGGCCUUUGA